UGAAAAUCAAAAUCGAACCCUCAAAGAUCAAAGCGACGGCGAAGGAGAGAGAGAAAAAAAAAUUAGAGACGGUGGCGAUCGAAACCCUGUGCCCUAAUUCGAUCGGAAUCUUGAUUCGCCGCCGUACUACGUCGUCGCCCGGCGGCGGAAAUGUGCGGUUGGGGCGAUGCGUUUAAUCCUCACCGUCAUGUGUUCAUUCAUCCCUUACCUUUAUUCUUCUUCUCCUCCUCCUCACCGUCCUUGCUCUUCUCCAAUCUCUCGCGCUCGAAAUCGUCGUUGUCGUCUCACUCGUUUCGCCACCGCAUUACUCGCUACCUCCGCUCUUCUUCUCGCCUCCGUCGCUUGGCUCUCUCUCGUCUUCUCUCCGACCACUUCUCGUUGCUGGCAUCUCCUUAAAGAUUGGGAAGACAAUCAUCUCUGGAACAAACGGUAUCAUCGUACUCCGAUUGAUGUUCAUCCUCCUCCUCCGCCGUCUCUUCCAGCUCUUCCUUUAUCCGAUCAUGAAUUUAGAAAUCGUACUCUCUCGGAGAUUGAUAGACUUGAUCUGUUGUCUCUGCAACACUUGAUGUUUGGUAUUGCUGGAUCUUCACAGCUUUGGGAACGUCGUAAGGAACUUGUGAGGUUAUGGUGGAAACCUUCUCAGAUGCGUGGUCACGUUUGGCUUGAAGAGCAAGUUUCUCCUGUAGAAGGUGAUGAUUCACUUCCUCCUAUCAUUGUCUCUGAAGACAGUUCUCGUUUUCGUUACACUAAUCCCACUGGUCACCCUUCUGGGCUUCGCAUUUCCCGCAUUGCGAUGGAGACUUUUCGGCUUGCUCUCCCUGAUGUUCGGUGGUUUGUUCUUGGAGAUGAUGACACUAUCUUUAAUGUUCACAAUCUUGUUGCCGUAUUAAGCAAGUACGAUCCUUCUGAGAUGGUUUAUAUUGGAAACCCUUCGGAGAGUCACUCUGCUAACUCUUACUUCAGUCAUAAUAUGGCUUUUGGAGGCGGUGGCAUUGCCAUUAGCUACCCUUUAGCGGAAGCUCUAUCUCGCAUUCACGAUGAUUGCCUCGAUAGAUACCCUAAGCUAUAUGGCAGUGAUGAUCGUCUCCACGCCUGCAUCACCGAACUUGGAGUUCCUUUGUCCAGAGAGCCUGGCUUUCACCAGUGGGAUAUUAAGGGAGAUGCUCAUGGUCUCUUGUCCUCUCAUCCCAUUGCACCUUUUGUUUCAAUUCAUCACGCUGAAGCUGUUAAUCCUCUCUAUCCGGGAUUGUCGAUAAUAGAUAGUUUGAAACUCUUGACAAGAGCUAUGAGUCUGGAUCCCAGUAGUGUUUUGCAGCGAUCCAUUUGCUACGAUCAUACACUCAAACUGACAUUUUCGAUAUCUCUUGGUUAUGUUGUACAAGUUUUCCCCAGUAUCGUCCUACCACGGGAUCUUGAGCGAGCUGAACUUUCUUUCUCUGCAUGGAAUGGGAUAAGUCAGCCAAGUGAGUUUGAUCUUGACAUAAAGCUUCCAAUUUCAUCUCUCUGUAAGAAGCCUAUCCGCUUCUUCUUGAAAGACGUUGGACGAAAAGGCAAUGCUACACUCGGAACGUACUUGAGAUCCUCGAUAAAGGAUGAUUUGAAGAGGAAGCUUCUAUGUUUUCCACGCUCUCUUCCUCUGCACAAAGUGGAAAAGAUCCAGGUCCAAGGAUUUCCUCUGAGUAAAAAUUGGCACUUGGCACCACGACGGUUGUGUUGCAGAGCAACCCCAACUUCUACUAAUGAGCCGCUCAGAUUAACAGUUGGGCAGUGUGGGAAGGUAAUUUUGGGUUCCACGAUCAGUUCCCAAUGAGUUAUGGUGGAUACUGGAUCUCUAAGGAUGUUGUUCCAGCUCUAUCCUGUGCUUGUACAUAGGUAAGAUCCAGUUCCUUAACUGUUGUCUGACCUUAGAAUGCUAAUCCCCAAAUUGAGUUUGUCACUCUUUUGUUUAUUCCACUUUUUUGUUUUUGUACAUCUGAGAUUUCAAAACUCAACUCUUCCUGUUGAGAUAACGAGUGUAAUGUGUACAACAACAAAUCUUUCUCACUUAACUCUAUCUAUCUGUGUUAAGAAUGGUUUUGUUUUUAUUCCCCA